AUGUAAAGGAAAAGAAUAUUUAUUAAUAUCAAAUAAAUAGUGGUACAGUCCUAAAGCGAAAGGAAGAGAGUUUUAACAUUUUCAAUAGAUACUAUAAUUGAUAUUUAGGUUUAAUUGAUAAAAACGAUAUAAAUAAAAAUAAAUGGCAGAUAAAGGUGGAGCCAAAGGAGGAGCAGGAGAAGAGGGAAAGGAAGGAGAAUAAAGAGCCAGAGAAAGGAUGUUGCGAUAAAUAUGCUGAGUGCUUAGUCGUGACUGGUAAAGUAAAUAAUCUAUUUCUACAUUCAGGCUGUCUACUCUUGUUCCUGGCUAUUAGUACCUGUAUAAGAGAAUGCUUGGCGUUUAUUUGGUACCCAUGCAAAGAAAGAUAUUGCGGGUCUUGAUAAUUGCCACAAGCAUUACAAUUAAUGGAAGGAUGAAGGUUUUACAGAUGUAUGA